UACCAUCAUCAUGGCGGGCAUCAAAGACUGGUGGCCCUGGCCUUCUCCGGCUCGGUGGGCAUGACUCUCCUGGUUCUUGGGUGUGCGCUGCCUCAGCCCAGCAACUGGUACCCCUUCUUCGUGGUGCUGAUGUACGUGCUCUCCCCGCUGCCCUCGCUCAUCGCCCGGCGCUACAAGGAGGAUGCGGGGACCUGGAAGGCCGCCCAGGAGCUGGCCUACUUCGUCACGACGGGCAUCGUCAUCUCCGCCUUCGGCCUGCCCCUCGUGCUGGCACGCUCGCCCUCCGUGCCGCACCCCGUGAUCCAGUGGAGCGCAUGUGGCCUAGUGCUGGCAGGCAACCUGGUCGUCUUCAUCACCAUCCUGGGCUUCUUCCUGGCGUUCGACAACGACGAAGUCGACUACAACAUGUGGUGAAGGCGAGGCUCCGGCCCAAGAAA